UUCCGGAUAUAUUAGUAAUUUUUGACAUAUAUUGACGGAUCUCUAGAACUCUACAUGUUGCGACCCAACAAAUGUAAUGAAAAUGAAAUAGAUGUCUAAUAAUUCUAAGAAAAAUGUCGUUUAUGCCUUUCGUGCAUUCACAUGAAUCCAUUGCAGAAGUUCUCGCUAACGUUCAGGAAGUUGUGUUGUGGUUUGGGGGUGGAACCAUUAGAGCUGAAAUUGAAAUAUAAUUUUCAGAAGCAGACUGUUUAGAACACUAUAGUUAUGUCGUUGACAGAAUUUUGCAAUCUUUUUUGGACACACGUUGUGGAUUUAUAAUUUGUAGUUUAAUCCCGUCUCACCUGGGUCACCAGUAGUCCUACAACAAUCGAUGUAUAUAUAUUUAUAUAUGCAUAAUCGAGGACCCGUGCACGAAGGACUUCCAUCCAGACCCGACGUUCUCGCCUGAUUGUGAAGGCUUUGACAGAAGCUGAGAGUGAAGGAUUCAACAUGCCCAGGUCUUUUUUGGUGAAGAGUAAGAAAGCGCACAGCUACCAUCAACCGAGGUCCAUAGAAGACGACUUCAACAGACUGGAUAAUAUUUUAGCACAUAUAUGUGCAGAAAGUAAAAUUCCAGAAGAAGCGAUUUGCUGCUCUGAGUCUCCUGGUUCAGAUUCCAAAGGCAGAUUCUCGCCAGAGUCUCACAUGGUUGAGACGGAUGACUUCUCCAAGUCACCGCUGAGCUGUGAGGGUAGUGACACCGGCAGAUCUUCAGAAUAUGGAGAUUACUGGAGACCGCCUUCUCCGUCAGCAUCGCCGGAUUCACAAAAGUCACUCUCUCCAUCUGCCGACGAGAGUCAUCCGUUCUCCAUCCCUUUCAGACCUUAUGCCUGGAGUGAUUACCCUGGAUCUGAACUGAGGCACCCAGUCCUCCAAAAACGGAGCACCGCCCUAGCACUUUAUGGCGAGAAUGGCUCCGACACUGCUCUGUUUAGCGAGCGGAGUUCAGUAAUGGGACUUUACAACAAUUAUAGCUCGGCGACCGGAAUCUUCGAACGAAAAUCGCCCACUAGACGCUAUCCGGAGCACGGCCGCCGUCUCCAGGACAAGGCGCCCGAGAUCAAGUCUGAAUCAGGCCAGCUCUACACCCGCCUUCUUCUCAACGGAUCGUACAAGUGUAUUAAAUGUAGCAAGGUUUUUUCCACUCCUCACGGGUUGGAGGUCCACGUGCGAAGGUCUCACAGUGGUACCAGACCUUUCGCCUGUGAAAUCUGUGGGAAAACAUUUGGGCACGCAGUAAGCUUGGAGCAACACAGAGCAGUCCAUUCUCAGGAGCGAAGUUUUGACUGCAAGAUAUGCAGUAAAACUUUUAAAAGAUCUUCAACUUUGUCCACUCACUUGCUAAUUCAUUCUGAUACCAGACCUUAUCCCUGUCAGUACUGUGGCAAAAGAUUUCAUCAGAAGUCAGACAUGAAGAAACACACCUUCAUUCACACAGGUGAGAAGCCUCACAAGUGCCAGGUGUGUGGGAAAGCCUUCAGCCAGAGUUCCAACCUGAUCACGCACAGCCGCAAGCACACCGGCUUCAAACCGUUUGGCUGCGACCUCUGCGGAAAGGGGUUCCAAAGAAAAGUGGACUUGAGAAGACACAAAGAAACACAGCACGGACUGAAAUAAUAAUCACAAGAAAACAAGAACUUCAAAACAGCCCAUCUGGGGAAAACAAACCCGCCACACCAAACACUAAAGUUCAUAGGAGCCGGGUGUUAUUACUCAAAUCUCCAUCUAUCCCACAAACAAAAUCCUGGUCACGCCACUGAUUUGCACAAGUUAAUCCCGAAUGUCACUGCAGGUAUUCAAACCCUCAUAUAGGCCAGUAUUAUAUUUUUUAAAAAAGCAAUAUUUUUUUUUCCUGGACUGUAGGCCAAUAAUGAUACACAAAAUAGUGAGAAAAGGCUUGUUAAAAAAGUCCAAUUACUGCUGGAGAGAAACCACAUUGUGAAGUGCACUACGUGAUAUGGCCCGAGAUUAAUUUUGCAAUAACUAUUUUUGUAUUAAAUAACAGUAUUGUGUGUCGGAGGACAUGUUAAGGCUUUUGUUAAGGUAUCACUGAUUAUAAGCACAUAUGUCCAUCAGUAUUUUUUGUCAGUGACAUACGUUCAAGGCAAAUAGCUUCGGCACUUUUUUUUUUAACUCGAGUGACUCUGUUAUGGUCACUGAACUGCAACUGUUUGACAGGGGUGAAGCUAACUUGUUCUGUGGAUCGUUUCAACAGAGAGAAUUAACUUGGAAAACCCGUGGACGACUCUGAAGGACAACCCACUGAAUACUAUUGAGUGAUAUGCCUUGUAAUUAUCCAGCUCGUCGUUAAGACGACAAAAACAAAACAUGCUUGUAAACUAUUUUAUAUCUUGGAGUUAUUUGAAAUUUGCUGUGUGAUGC